CCCGUUGCCAUGGCGCAGAGAAAAGGUGAGUCAUUGUAAACAAAGGCUCCCGUAGCAACCUCGCCCACACCCUGCCCUGCCCUGACACCAUUGUACUGCCAGGUCAAAGGUCAGGUCAACAUGGAGGUUACAGUCAAGACGGCGCCGCUGGUCAACGUCCGGGUCACUAGCAAUGUCAACAACUUCACGGCCGAGAAGAGAUUUGACCGAGCCUUGACCAUUGGCGACCUUAAGGGUCGUCUUGAGCUGGUGACGGGCGGAUCGGCAUCGUCAAUGGGCCUGGAGGUGUUUGAUGAGAACGAGAGCUUGGUGUGCCGAAUGGACAAUGACGAAGCACUCCUGGGGUCGUUCUGCGUCGAGGAGAACUAUCGGAUACAUGUGACGGACAGCUCCAAAAGGCAGGGAGAGUUUGAGGAUCUGUCUAAGGUCGAGAAAUAUGAGUUGUCGCAAGAGGAAUAUAGCAAGCGUGAUGACUCCGUUCGCUCCUUCCUCCUCAAGAACAAGCUGGGGAAGUACAAUGAGGAGGAGCUGAAGAAGAAGCAGGAGGAGAAGGAGGCUCAGGAGAAGGAGGAGGAGGAGAAGGCAAAGAGUAUUACUGUCGGAAGUCGCUGUCAGGUCAGAGUUCAGGGGGAGCCAACACGUCGAGGAGAGGUCAUGUUUGUUGGUCGAGUGCACUUCAAGCCUGGUCUCUGGGUCGGGGUGAAGUACGAUGAACCUCUUGGGAAGAACGACGGGAGCAUUGGAGGCAAGAGGUAUUUUGACGCAGCUCCGAAAUAUGGUGGAUUCACGCGACCGGCCUUCUGCGAGGUGGGCGACUUCCCCCCCAUGGAUGAAGAGGAGGAGGAGGAGGAUGAGAUGUAAAGAGGAGGAGGAGGAGGAGGAGGAAGGGAAAUGAAAGGAGAGGAAAUUAUGUGAAGUAGAGAAGAAGGAAACAUUGGAAGAGGAAGAGGAAGAAAGAGGAGGAGGAGGAAGAGGAAGAGAUAUACCAAUAAGAAGAUCUAUGGAGGAAGGAAAAAGAAGAAGAAGAAGAAUCUCAGAUAGAAAAUGAUAAAGAAAAUAUUAAA